CUGCCUGAUUCGCUCGCCUCUUAGCUAGUUCCUUCAUAAUAGCUUUUCAAUUCGUUUCUUCCCAAUUUCCUUCACUCGUUUCAAUUCCUCAAAUAGAUAUCAAAGAUAACACAUUGUAUGAUUAUAGUUUCGCCACUCAAUCUUUCUUUCAUCUAGUUCACAGCUUCAUUAGCCUGGCUAUCUUCAAACUUCCUUCUCCUUAGCUCAACAUUUAUAAAAAUCUCCCAAGUAUGUAACUUCUGAUUUUUUUUCUUUAUUUUUUUAAAAAAAGAGAGGAUCGUGAUUCGUUCUGGCUCGUAUUCAAAUGAUUGUAUAGCGACACCUUUAUAAAAAUCGACAAAUUAUGUAAGGUACUUGCCACUGAACCUACAUCCUACUCAAAGAAAAAGACAAAAAGAAAAAAAAAAAAAAAAAACUGUAUUUAUAUCAUAUUAUAUAAGCCGAAGGAAAGAGGGCCGAGCCGAGGGAUCGAUAUUUGAAAUGGAAGGUGGGUAUGGGCAAACGCCGCCCGUAUCAGCACCGGCGACGCCUGGAACGCCCGGAGGUCCGCUGUUUACGUCCCUGCGAAUCGACUCUCUGUCGUAUAGUGACCGCAAGUCAAUGCCCCGUUGCAAGUGUCUGCCUGUUGAUGCUCCAUCACUCGGUGCACCUCACUCCUGUUUCACCGAUUUCCCUGCUCCCGACAUCUCUCUCACCCGAAAGUUGGGAGCAGAAUUCGUGGGAACGUUUAUCUUAAUAUUCGCAGCAACAGCAGGACCAAUAGUGAACGAGAAAUACUCAGGAUCGGAGUCAUUGAUCGGAAAUGCAGCAUGUGCAGGGCUAGCCGUGAUGAUAAUAAUACUUUCCACCGGUCAUAUCUCCGGAGCCCAUUUAAACCCAUCUCUGACCAUCGCAUUUGCAGCACUACGCCAUUUUCCAUGGGCACAGGUCCCUGCUUACAUCUUAGCACAAGUAUCAGCCUCCAUAUGUGCUUCUUUUGCUCUCAAAGGCAUCUUCCAUCCCUAUAUGUCCGGUGGUGUCACCGUCCCUUCUGUCAGCACCGGCCAAGCUUUUGCCCUUGAAUUCCUCAUAACCUUCAAUCUCCUCUUUGUCGUCACUGCUGUUGCUACUGAUACUCGUGCUGUGGGAGAAUUGGCGGGUAUUGCAGUUGGAGCUACUGUUAUGCUCAACAUUCUUGUUGCUGGGCCUUCGAGUGGUGCUUCAAUGAACCCAGUGCGUACGUUAGGUCCAGCAGUUGCCGCAGGGAACUACACAGUGAUAUGGGUAUACCUAUUGGCACCGACCCUUGGAGCCCUUGCCGGAGCUGCAGUCUACACAUUGGUUAAACUUCGAGGUGUCGAGGGAGAGCAGCCACGUGAGGUCCGAAGCUUUCGUCGCUAGAUGCUGUCUGCUCGGGUAUUGGCACGAAGGGUAUAUACAUAUACAAGUACUAAUAAACAGGGGUGUAAUUGCAUGUCCCUUGUAACCCGUGUCCAAUUGCCUUGAAACUUGAAAGGGUACCUUACUCUUACUCUUGGGGGAUGUGAGUGUGUGGUGCCAAAUAUUACGUAUAUCUUAUAUGGUUUGCUAGCUUGCUUAGACGAGUAAUCAUGUAUGUAUUUUCAAAGUUGUGAUAUGUGAGAUCUUUGUUUAAUUAAUGACUGUUGAAGUAUAUGUUUGAUA